AUGGGGCAGCGCCUUAGUGAAGACUUGGACUCAGACAAGGAAAUUGACGUUGCGGAAUUGCAGGAAUGGUACAAGAAGUUUGUGACAGAGUGCCCGAGCGGCACUCUCUUCAUGCACGAGUUCAAGAGCUUCUUUGGAGUGACGCAGAACGAGGCGGCAGCCAACUACAUCGAGAACAUGUUCCGCGCCUUCGACAAGAACGGGGACAAUACGAUUGAUUUCCUGGAGUAUGUGGCAGCUCUGAACCUGGUGCUGCGAGGCAAACUGGAGCACAAGCUGAAGUGGACCUUUAAAAUGUACGACAAAGACGGCAGCGGCUGCAUCGAUAAAACUGAACUGCUGGAGAUUGUGGAGGCCAUAUACCGCAUGAAGAAGGCCUGCCAUGGAGAGCUGGAUGAGGAGUGUAACCUGCUGACCCCAGACCAGGUGGUGGACCGGAUAUUCGAACUGGUGGACGAGAAUGGAGACGGUGAACUCUCUCUGGAUGAGUUCAUCGAUGGAGCCAGAAGGGAUAAGUGGGUGAUGAAAAUGCUCCAGAUGGAUGUGAAUCCUGGAGACUGGAUCAAUGAACAGCGACAGAAGGGUCCCAACUUCUGAAGGAGAAAAGAAAGAUGGACAGAAAGGGACAAACUUGGAGCACGCUUUGAAAGGGACAUCAGAUGUGUUC